UCCUGUUUCCGUGCUGCGGCGCUGCCCGAGUCUUUACCGCAGUGAGAUCCGUCAUCCGUCCAUAACACGAACGCUCCGAGGGGGGCUGACUCUCACACCGACAGGCUUUGGUUGUUGACCCUGCUGGGAAAAAAAAAACAACAACAAAAAAAACAAAACACAGAACGAAACGAAAAACAACCCGGAUUCGGGGAAAUAAUAACAAUAAUACUAAUUUUAAGGAAAAUAAAUAAAUAAACGAAGACCAACCGCGCGACAAAAUGGGAAAUGAAGCAAGUUACCCGUUGGAGAUGUGCUCGCACUUCGACGCUGAUGAGAUUAAGAGACUAGGCAAGCGGUUUAAGAAACUCGACCUGGAUAACUCGGGAUCUCUGAGCGUGGAAGAGUUCAUGUCGUUGCCCGAGCUCCAGCAGAACCCGCUGGUCCAACGAGUCAUCGACAUAUUCGACACGGAUGGCAACGGCGAGGUGGACUUUAAAGAGUUCAUCGAGGGCGUGUCUCAGUUUAGCGUCAAAGGUGACAAGGAGCAGAAACUGCGCUUCGCGUUCCGGAUCUACGACAUGGACAAGGACGGCUACAUAUCCAACGGCGAGCUCUUCCAGGUGCUCAAGAUGAUGGUGGGCAACAAUCUGAAGGACACGCAGCUGCAGCAGAUCGUCGACAAGACCAUCAUCAACGCGGACAAGGACGGAGACGGCAGGAUAUCCUUCGAGGAGUUCUGUGCGGUGGUCGGCGGUUUAGACAUUCACAAAAAGAUGGUGGUGGAUGUGUGAACGGACGGACGACCCCCUUUCACCAAACCCCUCUCUCUCUCGCUCUCUCUCUCUCUCUCUCUCUCUCUCUUUUCUCUCUUCCCCCUCUCGUCCUGUUCCUCUCUCCGAUUCUCUGCGUUCUCCUCCAUACCUGAGAAUCAGCUCGUGUCCAGCUAUAAGCGCUCCUCUUCACUCUCGCUCCUCUUUCUACUUACACAGAAGUAUUUUGUUUUGUGACCACGCCCCCCCUCCCCUCCUCUCCCCCUCCCCAUCCCCCCACCAUUUUUUUUUUUCUUCACGUCCAAUCAUCGGAAGUGCUAUCGAGCACGACGACGAUCUUUUUGUUUGUUUGUUUGUUUGUUUGUUUGUUUCCUAGCGACGUGUAGGGUAUAGCAGGAGGAACGGCUUUCGGACACUGGGCAAGCAUUUCAGUUUGGUGGAGAAUGGGGGAAAGUGUGUGUGCACGCGUGUGUGUGUGUGUGUGUGUGUGUGUGAGAGGUAUUGUUUGUUUCUUUUUCAUUUUUGAAGGGGGGACAUUUUUUAAAAAAUAUUUAUUUCAGUCGUGUGUUUUUAUUAUUAUUUUUU